GCCUACGUGUCACCUUUUUCAGCCCUUCUGAGUUUGCAGAAUCGUCCACUGGUUUAUUAAAACACUGAACGUCACACUGAAUAAAUUCAAAAUGGAUGACCCCAACACCUUUUACUUGGUUAAUGGGGUGUUGACGAAGACAAGCACAGUGCAAAAUAACCCUGAUGUUCUGAAGUACAACGUGUGGCAAAGUGAGAAAGGGAUGUCAGCCGAUGAGUUGCUACUAAAAGCUUUGCAGAAGGUGAAAGAUGAAGUGAGUGCUAAUGGCUGCUUGUCUGCGCUGAAAAAAUAUGACCGUUAUUCUGUGAAGGACUAUCUGGAAGAAGAAGGAAAUCUGAGUUCAGAAGCAAUAAGGAUGAUUGGAGACCUGCAUAACCAACAGAGCCUAAUGUACACAGCGCUGACUGAGAUGGUCUAUGACCAGAGUAAUGUCAAUGACAACACUAAUUACACAGAAGUGACUGGUGGGUCGGACCUUCUCAUCAAAGCUUUUCUUAAUGUCCUCGAGGUCCCUAUUCUCCUCAACUCUAAGGUCAAACGCAUCAGAUCAGAUAAGGAUAAAGGUGUAAUAGUAAAGUACCAGCCAGGCCAACAGUCUCGUAUGAUUAACCUUCCCGCUGAUGUUGUCCUGGUAACAACGACAGCCAAAGCAGCCCUUUUCAUGGACUUUGAUCCACCUCUCUCCAUCCAAAAGAUGGAGGCACUGAGGGGAGUCCACUAUGACAGCUCCACUAAAAUCAUCCUGACCUUCAGCAGAAGGUUCUGGGAGAAGGAUGGCAUCCUAGGAGGAAAGAGCAUCACUGAUGGGCCAUCUCGUUUCAUCUACUACCCCAGCCACGGUUUCCCAGUCAAUAAUAACAUUGGCGUCCUCCUGGCCUCCUACACCUGGUCUGACGAUUCCCUCCUCUUCUUAGGCGCAAGCGAUGAAGACCUGAAAGAGCUGGCUCUGAGAGAUUUGGCAAAGAUCCACGGCGAGUACAUCAAGUCUCUCUGCACAGGGGUACUGGUGAAGAAGUGGAGUACGGACCCUCACAGCUUGGGUGCCUUUGCUCUCUUCACACCCUACCAACAUUUAGAGUACUCUAAAGAGCUCUUCAGAAGUGAAGGCAGGGUGCACUUUGCUGGUGAACACACAGCAGUCCCUCACGCUUGGAUCGAGACAUCAAUGAAAUCUGCGAUCAGGGCUGCUACCAACAUUAACAAAGAGUCAGCUACAACUCAAUAUCACGAUGAGCCCUAGGGUCUACUUUCUCAGGCAAUCAGUAAUAUUGUAGUAAUUAAAUAUCUGUGUAAAAUGUCAGUGUUCAGGAUGUAUACAGGUAAAAUCAAACUUGUACAACAAAAUUGUAUCCCUUUUGCUGGGUGAUUUCAUUACUUGUCUUAGGAGUAAGGCUCACCGUGAAUGUCCUUCCACUAUGCAGCUCUUAUCUGUAUCAAACUGGUGGAUUUUUGGCAUUGAAUGAUGGCUUGAUGUUGCUACGCAAAAGUAUUAUCGGAUAUACUCAUUUACAAAGCAGCUUUUGCCAUAACUGCCUUAAUUGUCAAAAGUAUAUGCACCACUA